GCCUUCAUUUAAGGAUUUAGUAAAAAGAACAUAUAGUUAACAAAAAGCUUUAUAUAGCAGGCUGAAAGCUGGAGGCUGUACACUCUGGGAGUCGCCAUUGGAACAUGGGAACCAAACAGGCUGACAUGUGUGCAGGUGGUCAGAUCAGCUUUCUGCUGAGGGCAGCCCUGCUCUCUGUCCUGCUGUGCAGCCCGCAGACGGUGCUGUCAGACUCGGACGAGGCGGUCCUGACCGAGUGGGACAUCUGGAAGAAAAGUCACGGCAUAAGCUACGAUGAAUUGCAGGACGACAUGCAGCGGAGGGCCAUCUGGGAGGACAACAAGCGGAAGAUUGAGGACCACAACCAAGGCUUUCUCACCGGGAGGAGGUCCUUCAGUCUGGCCAUGAAUAAAUAUGGAGACCUUACGAUGCAAGAAUAUCAAAAUCUGCAGGGAGCCAUGAUCAAUGCCCAGUUUGUGGCCAGAGGGAGGGAGGUUUCAGCUAGAAGACUGCGCUACAACGCUAAAAAGCUUAAUACUUGGUUUGUUGACUACAGGAGCAUGGGCUAUGUCACCGAGGUUAAAGAUCAGGGUUACUGUGGUUCUUGUUGGGCCUUCAGCACCACAGGAGCGAUAGAAGGACAACUCUUCAAGAAAACGGGUCGGCUGAUGUCUCUGAGCGAGCAGAACCUGGUGGACUGCUCCAAACCGUACGGCACCUACGGCUGCAGCGGCGCCUGGAUGGCCAACGCCUAUGACUAUGUGGUCAGCAACGGUCUGCAGACGACAGAGACCUAUCCGUACACCUCGGUGGACACACAGCCUUGUUUCUACGACAGCAGUCUUGCAGUGGCGCAUAUCAGAGACUACCGCUUCAUUCCCAAAGGAGACGAGCAGGCGCUGGCCGAUGCUGUGGCAACCAUCGGGCCAAUUACUGUAGCCGUCGAUGCCGAUCAUUCAAGCUUCCUCUUCUACAGCUCAGGGAUUUAUGACGAGCCCAACUGUAACCCUGAUCACCUGAGCCAUGCGGUGCUGGUAGUUGGCUACGGCUCCGAGGAUGGUCAAGACUACUGGCUAAUCAAGAACAGCUGGGGAAGCAGCUGGGGUGAAGGUGGAUACAUGAGGAUGGUCCGGAAUGGCAGGAACACGUGUGGCAUUGCAAGCUAUGCGCUGUACCCAAUAUUGUGAAAACUCUAAAGAACAUCAUUUUGAACAUAAAAAAACACAUUUCCUUUUUUCUAUUUUAAGAUAAGCAGUUUGUGAACCUGUUUGACAUCAAGCUUUACAGGGAACGCUUUGCCUCUCAGGGACGUAGAAGAAAUGAUCAUUUGGGAGUAGAUUUUCUAAAGUAUUUCUGUGUUUGUAAAACUUAAUGAAAAUAAAACUGGAAUUUAAAAUGAAAUUUGGAUGUUUAACCUUGGACAGAGAUGAAAGUUUUUAUUAAAGUCCUUUUAUGCACAUGGGAAAAAAAGCCCCCAAACAUCUGUUUCUUUUCCUCGCUGGGAAAAUGUCCGACCAUCGUUCAUUUAUUGGGUCAGAUUGAUGCUCUGAAAAACCUCGGUGAACAAAGUGAGCUUUGUCGCAUUUUCUGGUCCAGAGCAGUGAGAUAUAAAUCUAACAGAUGCUUGUUUUUCUCAAAAAGCAAAACAAAUAAUUCUGACAGAGAUAUUUGAGCAGCACCAAAACAUCUCUGAAAAACAUAAAGACUGCAGGAAAAAAACUUUGAUUGAACCAAGACUUUCUGCAGAAACAUGGAGCAUAGGAACAUUAUUUAUGAUUCAUACCAGAAAAAAAAGAAUUAAACUCCAGAUCUAUAAAACUUCAAUUGUGGGUAGAAAUAAUUAUAAUUGAAAAAUUUUAUUUUUAUCCAACUAAGAAAAAGUUUCAAUAUUAUUAUUAUUUGUUGUUGUUAUGACCUGUAGUUUAGUUUAAAAACGCAUAUUUAGGGAUUCAUUUUAACACGCUUUACUGAAAAAUAUAUAAUUAUACAGCUUUAUCUGGAGCAAUAGUACUAAAAAAAGGUAUGUUUGCAAUAAAGCAUUUGGUGUAGAGGACUAAUGGACAUUUCUGCCGUAAACUAAUAUCUUUUUUUUCCUGAUUACAUUUUAUUAUUUUAACUUAAUAAUAAAAAUGACUGAAGUCAGCCUUUAAACUUAAUUUCAUCUAAUCUGUAAUUUCUGUUGAAGAUCCAGAUUAAGGAAACCUGAAAGGUUAAAACUAGUAAACCUUCUCAGUCAACAAAGUACUUUUCCUUUUUGUUUGUUUUUUAAUAGGACCUGUGGAUUAUUUAGAGGUGCAGUAUUUAUAAUCUGGUUUCAUCUGCUUUUACAACACAUGAUAUUUACGAAGCUAUAUUAUGAACAUCAAACAUAUAGACAGUAAAAUUGUUUAAAUAAUUACAUUGUUUUCUCAGCUGAAACAGGAGCAGCAAAAAA